CUACGAUAGCACAGCUAACCUCAAUCGCAAUUGCAACAGCUUCACAAUGAAUUUCCAGGUCAAAUACCUUGCCUUGGCUUCAGCUAUAAUUGCCACGGCAUUCAUUGACCCAACUCACGCCGCGUUCGGCCAGGUCAUCUCCAAAAACCCCGGUCUCGAAACAGGCGGUGAACGCGCUCACCAGGACGCGUACUAUCGCCGCCUGAUUAUUGCUCAUGCCGUUUUCGCCGUCCUUGCUUUCCUUGUGACUGUUCCGUUGGCACUUAUUGCGGCACGAUACGGCAAACACGUCUUGAGGAAUGGGAAGUGGUGGAAGGUGCAUGCAGUGCUCCACACUUUCACCGUUGCUUUUGUGAUUACCGUCUUCGUUCUCGGCUACUACGCCGUCGGCCCCAAAAACAACUUCGACAACGUCCACCACCGCAUCGGCUUAACCGUGGUAGUGGCAGUUUGCUUGCAAUACCUCCUCGGCCUCACAAACACCUUCCUCCUCUCCCGCCCCCACGUCCGCACCCCCGUCCAAAACCGCCUACACAUCCUCAUCGGCUGGUUAACCUGGGGCCUCGCAAUCGCGAACAUGCCCGUCGGAAUGGUCCUCUACGGCUCCCCGCAGUGGGCGUUUGGGUUGUGGGCUGCGGCAGCGUUCGUGGUGGUGGUGGUUGUCGUGGAAUUUGAGGUCGGGGUUGGGAGGAGGGAAGAUCAUAAUGUUAGGGUGGAGGAGUAUGUGGGAGUUGGGAAAGAGGAAGAGGAAGGGCCGGUUUAUGCGGAUGGGGUGGGAGCGACGGAUAAGGGAGUGCCGGCUGCUCCGGCGGUUAAUUGGAAUGGGGAGGUGAAGGGAGAGAAGAGGGCUUGGAGGAGAUUGUUUGGGAGGGGGUGAAUGCAUCUGAUUCAGCGAAGGGAGGAGCUGGCGGCGUGGGAGAAACUCACCUGGUUCGAUACACGAGAUACAUGAAGUGAAGAAGAGAGACGUAGAGGGAAGAAAGAGAAUAUCAUCAACUCGAUAUACCUAGCUAUCGUACUAAUAUCACACCUUGCC